ACUUCGAAGAAGUAUCCAAGAAACGUUUCUCAGUCUCCUACAUCUACUGAGUGGAAUCGACCGGUCAUCGUUUAAAAAGACUUAAUAUCUGAAAAUGUAUUGAGAUGAAGCCGUUGUAAGACUUUACCAUUUUUUGAACGUAGACUAAGACAUGUGAGUGAUUUUAUCAGCGGGAUUUUACAAUGCGGACUAAGGUCCAUAGUGACUUCGUGGGAUUUGGUGCACUGGUCCUGAUUGUGAUUGGCGUUAAAACGGUUCUUUCCUCUGGCCUGCCAGCUCCUCACAACGUGUUCGUAACAUGCGACAGUUAUGGGGUAGUGCUGGACUGGAGCGCUUCUGGUCUCAGAUCGGAAGCCGACUUCCUGUUAGAGCUUGUGCCUGAUUACGGGGAAAUAAUUAAAAUAAUUACUGGGGGUCUGCGAUGCAACCUAUCGGAUCAUCUGCAGAACAUGCCGUUCAACCGCUACUAUGUGACGGUGAGGGCCAGGGAUGGCACAGAGGAAUCCGAGGCUGCCCAAUCAGAAAUCUUCUCUUACAACGAUCAUGCAACUGCAGACAUCACAUGUUACCUGGAUUUUCCUGGGGUUCACCUGUCUCCUGGAGAGAACCAGCUGCUCAUUUCCUUCAUCAAUCCUUUAUACCUGUACAGACACACACCCGCAUUACGUAACCUCACAACCAGCAGAGGGCUAAGAUACCAUGUCACCAGCAGACACAUAGGAACCAACAGGUCUGAAGUCGAGUUCACUUGCUUACCCAAGUCGUACACGUGUGAGAGCGGCGUGUCGUUCCCCGAAGAGCUGGAGGAAUACUGCAUCACGCUCUCUGGAAACAUCGAAUUAAUCCCCGUACGGAAAACAAACCCCGUCUGUUACAGAGGCAGACUGAUGCCCAGUCCUUCAGCCACCGUGUACCUCAUCCCAGUCAUCGUCUUUUCGGCAAUGGGCUGUGCUGUAUUGUUUCUCCAUUUUUUUCUGCUAAUGAAAUUCAAGAAGAAAAGUCUGGCAAAGUUCCCAAAAUUCCUGGUUUGGCAGGAGAACACGUUAAUGAAACACACCAACACUCUCAAGAUAGAAACUGAACCUGUGGUGACAAAUCCCAAAGUGGAACCCGACGUGGCAAUUUCCCUGCAAUAUGACUCACCAGAAAUCUCCGCCCUUCUACGGCUCCUGGCUAAUAGCACGCAGCCCUCGGAUAAUUCCAGCUCUCUUACUAGUGAAGAGAACAUGGGAAUGGAUUCAGGCAGCGGGGAUCCAGACGAAAACUAUAGCAGGGAAGCGGCCAGUAGCUUGUCGCUGGCUUACGACUGUCCGCACAGACUCGUGGAAAUGAGCACUGGAGAUGUGGUGGACGCGUAUGGGCCCAGGAGCCACUACAGACAAUGAGCAAAAUUAAGGGACUUGGUCCAUCCUAAAGGACCUAUAAGCCAAAGUGAAAAGCAGCAAAGCCAGGUUAGGGUGAAGGAAGUUGUAGUUUACAAUGUUGUGUGUGUUUCUGCAGCACGGAAGCAAGACCAGCAGCACUGGUCUCAGAAGGCAUCUUUACCAUCAUGUGGCAUCAUCAUUGACAGAUCCUUUACAGUACAAGACGUCCAGUGUGCCCCACCUCUCACAGGGCUGGCCUUUGCCAUCCUCGAGUUGUUUUCGACUCUCAAACGAAGGGAUGUUCGCCAAAUCAAUCGCUAGACAUGCUGGGACUACAGGAGAACCAAGCACCCUGGGUGCCAGUGCAGCUGUGAGCCAGGAGGGCUUUGAACCAGGGGGGCAGCUCAAAAUAGGGUGGCAUGGAACCAGCACACUGGAGCUUGUUGGAACUUUAAAACUACACAUCUGACUUCCAUCUUGCAAAUAACAAAGCCUGUCGCAGGAUUUGCUGGUCAUGUCUCCAAGUACUCAACCCCUCCAAGAGUCUGACUACACAUAAAAGCACUGAUUUCACAUAUCCAGGCGAGAUCUGUUUAAGCUGCUGUGGCACAUUUGUCUACCAUAUAAGAGAUAUAUUUGAAUGUUAAAGAACUAAUUUAAUCAUUAAAAAUGUGAUCCUCAAACACUCAAAUGUAUUAUAAAAAUAAAGAAAUUAAAUGCAUUUCUGUAAACCUUUCCACUAUUUAACAAGUUUAAAAAUUGUGCGCUAUAUAUUUAUUUGACACAGACACAAACACGGCUUUGGUACCAAACACACUGCUUAGCAAAGGCCUCAACACGACCACAACUGCUUAGAAACCACGUCAGCAUCUCAAAUGUAAGCUGACUGACUAAAUUACUAGAUACCAAGAACAUAUACUUAGAAAAUCUAAAUAAACCCUUCUACCCAAAGAACAAAAAAAAAAAAGCCAUAGAAAGAAGUCUUACCCCAACCAGCUAACACUAUUCUGACUAAACUUACAAAAGGGAAGUAAAAAAAA